AUGUCUUCCGAACGCCUUGCUUAUAUCAAAAACUUUCUCGACACACUUUACACCGACGACAAGUUCCUACACGAUCUGCUCGAGUGCUGCAGUGACCCCGCAAAGAACGAUGGACUCAAACUCCUCAAAGAAAAGGGAUUCACCUUUAAAAAAGGAGACAUUGAUCUCAUCGACCAGCUUCGCGCUGCAAAGGAAGACUUGCAUAUCCUUCGACUGGCCGGAGGUGCUUAUCGAUUCCAUUCCAAUGAAGCUGGCUUUUGGGAGUUAAUGAUUGAUUCCACCAAAAAGGCUAUCUAUAUCGACUCCAAGCCGGUCCAGAACCUGCAUGUCGAUCAUGAAGGCAAUGUGUGCUUCACCCACUCCGACUACAGCCUGCAGCUGAAGUUCCAGUUCCCUUGGGUUCUGGGACAGAAGCAACCCGAUCACCUGGGAUUCUCUGGUAAGAUUGGAAAAGGUACAACCACAAAGCCCAUCCAGGGCGAUCGACACUUCCCUGGGGGAAACGCUUUUGACUCGAAACUGGCACCGAACUCAACCUCUCCAUCGAGCCAGACAGCGAAGGAGGAUGUCAUGGUCGCAGUUGCUGGUUUCCGGGACGAUCUCGCAGACAAGUCAUUAUCGGUCGCUAUUGACCUUGUUGAGCAACGUAAGCAUGCAGAACAUGUACACGACCCCGAGGAAUAUGCGCUAUUCGGCCCAGGCAAGCCACGCCCGUCAGGCGACGAACUGGCGCAAGGCGCCAACGCUAUCAUUACAGGAGCCGGCUUUGCAAUCCGAUCAGCCGAUAUCAUCGGCGGACCCUGGGGAACUAUAGUUGGUGGUGUGGUGGGCGCAGCAGGGUCGCUCCUCACCACGAGCGUGAAGAACCGAAUCGUCGAGAACGGCAAACUGCGAAUGACAGAUAGGGUACUAUGCUAUAAGCUACCAGGAAUAGACAAAAUCGUCGCGAAGGAAACAGAAAAAAUGGCCAAUGGGGUCCCGGAAACAGAGCUGAAGAAUGAAAAGUACCUCGACCAGCUCCGGAAGCAGUUCCGGGAUGAGACGUAUAUCCCCUGGGCACGAGAUCAGAUGGAUGACACGAUACAUGAGAAGCAUUCCUUGAUGCACAAGUUCUGGCGUACGGAGUUCCUUACGACGUAUGCGAAAGCGCUUGAGACUCGAUUUGAUGAACACAUGCCCCCUGUCUCGCUGGAUUCUUUAUUCAAGUUCUACUUGGACCGACGAUGGGGGACGGAGGUAGCACUAGAAAAGCUUAAGCGGCUUGCUGCGGAUUUGAAACAACAUGAUGAUGCGUACAAAAGGAAGCUAGCUGAGAUCGACAAACAAGACCACCUAUCGACAGAAGAGAGGGAAGAGCAAAAGAAAGACGCAAAGAAGGAAUUCGAAAAGGAAAAAGAAGAAAUAGAGAAGAAGAGGAGGCCAAUUGAGGAGCAGACUGAGGAUAUCAAGGAGCGUGUGGAAAAAAAGGCAGAUGAGGCGCUCAUCAAGGCAAUCAAAGCUGAUACCGACGAGAAAAGGCGACUGGCAGAAGUGAGGGUCAAUCAAGAAAAGGCACGCCGCUAG